AUGAGUAAGAUCAUGGAUGCGAGAUCAAAAGUUGGAUUUAUUUUACACAAAUGCUGUUGCCAAAAUGCGAUAACUACCCUGACAAUAUUAGUUGGUAUAAUGAGCAUAACACCAUUUUCUUCAACAUUUUCAACAGUUCUCGAAGCUUCAAUUUCGUAUUGCCUUCAAUACGUUUCUGUUCAGGAUAGAGACCAGAUAACUAAAUAUUAUUCAGAAGUAUUUCGCAAGCAUAUCAAUUCAGACGAAUCUGAUCAUUUAUCAAAUCUUUCACAAUUUCUCCAAUCAGGAGGCUGUAAACUGAUUCCUCAACCGAAUAUACUCUUACAAGACUUACUAAAUUUAUCUUCGAAGAUAGGAAACGCCGUUUUUAAACCUGCAGGCUUUUUGAUAGAUUAUAAGCCAGAAAUAAUGUCACAAAUCUUCUGGGAGUGGUUCAAUGCUAAUAAAACAAUAUCAAAUGGGUUAACGUCAAUCAGCGAAGUCAUAAUUUACUCAAAAAAUCUUUUAAUUCCAAAUUGUUCAAAUGAUUUUAUCAAAAGCAUAAUAAAAGAGUGCGAAAAUCGAAUAGAUAACAAUCUCCCAUUCAACGUCAUUGAAACAUCCCUAUUAAUCCUAAAAUGGCUUACAUCAUUAGAAAAAUACGAGCCAUUCAAGAUUUUUCCCAGUUUUGACCACAACGCGUUGAAUGGUCUUGCAUUAGAUUGUUGGGCCGAGUACGCAGUAUACGGAAACCUCACAAAUUUACCAAAUUUUCAAAUCUCAACUGAACAAACGUUCGAAAAAGGGUAUUUACAGAUUCUUUCCAAUGCAGUUAUGAAUCCCAAGUUCUCCUUUAAGACGUUACGCAUUCCUCAUUGGGUUUGGCACUCAUGUUUAUCAGAAUUUGGAUUUCCAUCCGAAAUCCCUCCGAAAUCGAUCCUAUCGUUAUCCCUAAUCGAACUAGAUUGUUGUAUCAAGAUCGCCCACAUCCUUCCCCGUGAAUUUUUUAUACAUGCGAUGCGAUCAAGAUCCAAGAACCCAGAUAUCACAUCCCGACUUAUCCAAAUUGUUUCCUAUACCCCACAAUGUAUCAUGCAGACAUAUUUUUCCGAUUUUGAAGACUUUGUCACUUUCAUUUUGGAUCAUCAUUCACUUUCCAAGGAAUUAUCGAGUUGUUUCCGCAACAACAUCAUUGCUAUACGAGAUUCAUUGCAUAUCCUUAUUAACCACAUCUGUUCCGGCCUUGAUUACUUCAAAGAAGAAAAAAUUUUGGGAAGAUUAUUUUUAUUGAACCAAAUUUUUGUUUUUUCACAUGAUUUAAUAUGUUAUAUUGACAUAUAUGACUCCAUCUGGGAAGCUCUUUCUCUUAUACCCCUUUCUUUGAGUCUUAGUUUAGUUUUAUUUGAUUUUUUCAACGCAUUGGCAAAAUUUGUCAAUAAAGAUAGGCAAAAACGACUUUCCAAGCUAUGUGUUGCCGUUCUAUCAGCUGUUAACAGUAACAACGAGAUACCAUUGUUGAUUGUUAAUGACGACAUAGCUAUGAAAUUCUUUUUUUCUGCGAAAGAAUUUUAUUCAUUUAUUAAUUCAGACUUGAUCAGCGAUCCAGACUAUAAUAUACAGAAGACAUAUGUUCUAUCAUCACCCGCGCUUAAGAUUCUCAAGCAAAUCUACAAAACAAAGGAAAUUUUAGAUUAUAUUUUUUAUAAUUUACCAAAUUUUUUGGAGAUUUGUCCAACAGAGACAACAGCGCUUGCCACAGAACUUAUUGAUGAUUGUUUCUACGAAUACAAGAAGGAAUACUUGAGAUUUUGUACAAAUUUGUCAAAAAUCAUGAAGCAAAACUCAUGUACACCACUUGUUAUGUUGAUAAGUUACUUCCAGACGAAGAUUUCUGUGUAUUUGGACUAUAAAUUCGAUGUUUUGUUGAAAUCUAACAUAAUGAAACUUCCUGACGAUGAAAAUUUAGUUAGAUUGAACAUACAACUCAAUCAUGGUAUUGUUCCUAUGUUAGUUUCAUCAUCGAAACAUUUGUUUUUGAUGUUGGAAAACUGGGCUCCUCCAACUUCUGAUGUUUUUUUGAAUGUCGUGUCUAAAGAAAGCCAAAAAGAACAGAAUUGGAUUGAUGAAAGAUUCAUGAGAUAUUUCUUGAUGGCGUUCGGUUAUCAUCAACCAAAGAAAGAUCAAUUAAAUUGGUUGACAAGAGAAUUUCAAAAAUCUUUUUCUUUGAAAUUUGACACAGAAAAAAUUGAAGGGAAAAGUGACAUUUUGACAGAAUUUUCUAAGUUUUAUCCAUUACCUAAUAAUUAUAAUGCAUUAAGUAUUGCUAGUAUGUAUUGUAAUAGUCCGAAAGUUUAUCCAUUCCUUGUUAAUUUUCUUUCUCCUAUUUGUAAUAAUUUAGUUGAAGAAAAUCCAAAUGAAUUUUGGUUGUUGAGGUUGUUGGGUCAUUUAAACAUAAAAUACAAGUUCCCGGUCGACAGCAAAGAUAAGUUUUGCCGUGCAUUGGGUGUAAGAAAUCGUUGUAUCCCUGCUCCAAAUCCUCAAAAUGCAGGUGACGGUUUUUUGGCGGUUGAAACAUUGACAGCGUAUAAUUCUAAAAUGGAAAAGGAAAAGACUAAUGAUUUGUUGAAACUAUUGAAGUCGCAAAUGCUCAGAUUAAAGUUUGGAUUGAGAGGAAGUGAAGUGACAGAAAAAUUUUUGAGAAAAUUAAUGAAAAGUGACACUAUUUCACAGAAAAUUAAUUUCUUUUUCCAUUUAUCUACAUUUGCUGAGAUUACUAGUAAUCCUGUAUUAUUAGAAAAGAACAAAUCUGUUACUUGCCAGAUGAUUUUGAAUUCAGACAUGAAAUCACCAAUUGUUUUUCGAGAAAUUUUUCUUUUGAUUGUUAAUUUGGUCACACAAUCGAGACAUUCAUUUGAUUCUUCUGAGAUAUGCGAUGCAUUUCUUCAGGCAAUUCCGAAAGAUGUGAAAGAUGUUCAGAUCUAUGAAAGUCUUCCUAUUUUACUCGGAAUUAUCCAGAUUGCAGGAAUCAACGCAAAAGGAACAAAAGAAAUCGUUGAAAGUCUGAAACAUGAAGAGUUUAACUUCGUCAAUGUACAGGACUUCCAAUCUGUAAGGAAAACUAUUAUUAAUUUAUGUUAA